AUGUCCCACGACCGCAGCAUUGAGCUGGAGCACUUUGAGGAGAGAAGCCGGAGUCACCGCGCUUCCCGGGGUGGAGGAGGCGCUGGUGGAGGUGGAGGAGGAGGAGGAGGUGGUGGUGGUGGAGGAGGAGGAGGGUCAAGCUACAGAGGCAAUGGCAUCCCCAGCCCCGCACACAGUGCUCACUGCAGCUUCUACCGCACCCGCACCUUGCAGGCGCUCAGCCAGGAGAAGAAAGCCAAGAAAGUGCGCUUCUACAGGAACGGGGACCGCUACUUCAAGGGGCUGGUGUUCGCCGUCUCCCAGGACAGGUUCAGGUCGUUCGACGCUCUGCUGGUGGAGCUGACCAAAUCCCUGUCGGAUAAUGUCAGCCUGCCCCAAGGGGUCAGGAUCAUCCACACCAUCGAUGGCGCCAAAAGGAUUACCAGCCUGGACGAGCUGCUGGAAGGGGAAAGCUACGUUUGUUCCUCCAAUGAGGCAUUUCGCAAGGUAGACUAUGCCAAGAAUGUCAAUCCAAACUGGUCAGUUAAUAUCAAGACCGGAUCGUCCCGCUCUCUCUCAUCACUGUCUUCAGGGAAAGGUGAAGGAAGAGAAAACAAGGAUUUUAUCAGGCCCAAGCUGGUGACUGUUAUCCGAAGUGGCGUGAAGCCACGGAAAGCAGUGAGGGUUCUUCUAAAUAAGAAAACAGCUCAUUCAUUCGAUCAAGUCUUAACUGACAUCACAGAUGCCAUAAAGCUGGAUUCUGGAGCAGUCCGAAGGCUUUACACACUGGAUGGAAAACAGAUCAUCUGUCUGCAGGACUUUUUUGGGGACGAUGAUGUCUUUGUUGCUUGCGGCCCAGAGAAAUAUCGCUAUGCCCAGGAUGACUUUGUGCUGGACAACAAUGAGUGCCGUGUGAUGAAAUCAUCCUACACGCGUUCUGCUUCUACAUCACGGAAUUCAGGAUCAAAGAGCCCUGGGCUUUCACGGCGAAGCAAGUCUCCUGCAUCAGUUAAAAGAGGAGGUUACUAUUCCACAGCUUAUUCUCCAGUCAAAUCUCCAGUUAAUGGAACUCCAAGCAGCCAGUUGUCUACACCCAAAUCCACCAAAUCGUCCAGCUCCUCCCCAACCAGUCCUGGCAGCUUUCAAGCUCACAAGGUUCCUUACCAUGUAAGUUUGUCCACCAAUGUGAACGGGGUCCCUGAGCAAACCAACGGCCUCAGCCCAGAAGGGCUGAAUGGAAAUCGAUCCUUUUCAGCUUCAACCAUCCUCGACAAAUACAAAAUCGGGAAGGUGAUUGGAGAUGGGAAUUUUGCUGUUGUUAAGGAGUGUAUGGAGCGAUCCAGUGGCAAGGAGUAUGCACUGAAAAUCAUUGAUAAGGCCAAAUGCAGUGGGAAGGAGCACCUGAUUGAGAAUGAAGUCGCAGUCCUGCGGAAGGUCAAACAUCCCAAUAUCAUCAUGUUAAUCGAAGAGGCGGACACACCCACGGAACUGUACCUGGUGAUGGAAUUAGUCAAGGGCGGAGACCUGUUCGAUGCCAUUACAUCAUCUACAAAGUACACAGAGCGGGAUGCCAGUGCCAUGGUGUACAAUCUGGCCAGUGCUCUCAAGUACCUGCACAGCCUCAACAUUGUGCAUAGAGACAUCAAGCCGGAGAACCUACUGGUUUGUGAGUAUGAAGAUGGCACCAAGUCGCUGAAGUUGGGAGACUUUGGCCUGGCUACAGUGCUGGAUGGGCCCCUCUACACAGUCUGCGGUACUCCUACCUAUGUGGCUCCAGAGAUCAUUGCAGAGACUGGGUAUGGCCUGAAGGUGGAUGUCUGGGCUGCGGGGGUCAUUACGUACAUCUUACUGUGUGGCUUUCCUCCAUUCCGCAGUGAGAACAAUCUCCAGGAGGACUUGUUUGAUCAGAUUCUCAUUGGGCGGCUGGAGUUUCCCUCUCCCUAUUGGGACAACAUCACUGGCUCAGCCAAAGAAUUAAUUGGUCGAAUGCUACAGGUAAACAUCGAGGCUCGAUACACCGCUGAGCAAGUUCUGACGCAUCCCUGGGUGGCUGACGACACAGCACAAGAGAGAGACAUGCAGGUCGCAGUAACCGGCAAGCUCAGAAAGCACUUUAACCCAACGGCAAAGCAGAGCAAUACUGCGGCAAAUGUCAGCGUGAUUAUGUUUGAAGUGUAAAGAGGGAGAGGUUAAAGCUCGAUUCCUCGUCCUGAGAAACUGGAAAAACCCUGAAGGACACCAUGGUAUAGAAUGCAGUGCUAAAACCGGGGAAGCUGGUCACUAACUCCCAGCCCAUUCUAAAUCUGCAUGGCCCAUUGCCUUGUGCCUCACAGCUCUUACCUACGCUUUGCCAGUUGGCUGGACUUCACACGGCGUGGACCAGACUGAUGCCCCUGUGUAACCGGAGAGUGCAGAGCUUUCUUAUCCCUUGUCUAGAUGCUGGAUUAAACUCAUUUUCCCCCCACCCACCUUCCCCAUCCCUCCCAACCUGCUCAAGAUUCAAAGCACCACAAAAACCCUGGACUUCUGGACAUUUGAAAGUCUACCGCUCGAUAGAUCUCAGGUGGACUUUCAAUCGGAAAGGCCAAAGUUGUGGAAACAGAUUCCAUGUCUGAACAAGGGCAAAACGUGGUUUAGGACAAGUCGUAGGAGAAAUGUAACAUUUCACAAAUUAAUGGAAGAA